AUGGCGCCUGCAGAACGUUCGCGGAGAACUCCAAGGAGACCCAAAAAUCUGGCCACGAGAGAUGAGAACGAACACGACUCCACCAAUACGGGCCAUGGAAGUGAAGAAGAGUUCCUGAGUUCCGCUUCAACAGUCUCCCCUGGGGUAGAACUUGAGGACAGUGACCAAACUGAAGUCGAAUCCUGCGCUUCGUUCGCGAGCGGUCAACGACCAGCCGCGGCGUCGAGGGCGGCACCUGACUGCAGCUGGUUCGAUUUCGACAAGAAACUUCUGAGAAACAUCGGCUUUCCUGGCGAUGAAAGUAUUAGGCCUCAAUCAUCGUAUCUUGGCGAUCCACAGAACUUGCGGCCGGCUCAAGUUUACAGAGAUUUCUUCGAUAAAGAUCUGGUGAGAAUGAUUGUCGCUGAAACCAACCGCAACGCUAAAAAUUACAUCGAUGCAAACACGAUUGGGAGAAGUAGCAGAGCUCAGCGGUGGGAAGACACCUCUUCUGAUGAAAUUGAGAAAUUCUUCGGCAUUGUCCUGUACAUGGGUCUGGUCCCUUAUCCAAGCAUCCCUGACUAUUGGAGCACGAAUGACUUAUAUGGCAACAGAAUCGUGGCUACCACCAUGAGCAGGAACAGGUUCCAACUGCUCCUGCGCUUUGUGCAUUUCUCGAACAAUCAAAAGGAGAAUGCCUCCGGAAGAUCGAGCAAGUUCAUCAGAGUUCUGGAGGCUUUGCAAGAUAAAUUCUGCCUUGCAUACACGCCCGGGGAUAUGCUUGUCGUCGACGAAACCAUGGUCCCCUUCAGGGGCCGCUUGUCAUUCCGUCAAUACAUCCCCGGGAAGAGCCACAAGUACGGGAUCAAGAUAUUCAAGCUAUGCAACAAGGACGGAUAUACUUUCCGUACGAAGGUUUACACCGGUGCAGAGGGGGUUCGCUCAAGAGCUCUCCCGUCGGACAUUGUAAUUGAGCUCUCGGAGCCAUUUCUCGAUGACGGUUGGACUCUGGUGACCGACAACUACUUCACUUCAGUCCCUCUUGCGAAGGAGCUACUCGGAAGACACACCAACCUACUAGGUACGUUGCGUAGGCACAGGAAGUUCCUUCCACAAAACGUCGUGACGGCCCGCUUAGAUCGGAACCAGCUAACAGGAAGAAUCUCUCGCGACGGGAUCGUUGUGGGCAAGUGGAAAGACAAGCGAGACGUCUUAUUUCUCUCCACUAAACACGAUCUGCGAAUGGCGAGUUCAGGAAGGAGGGUUGCGAAAAAGGACGGCGUUCAGAAAGUCAAGCCCCUGGCGGUCAUCGAAUACAAUAAGGCCAAGCAAGGCGUCGACAUCUCAGAUCAGUUAGCGAGUUUCUACUCCCCAUUGAGAAAGACUAUUCGAUGGUACCAUAAAGUCGUAUUCGAGCUACUUCUGAACACCGCGGUGGUGAAUUCCCGCAUCAUAUUCAAUAAGCUCACAGGGAGGGCUAUGUCUAUGAAGACUUUCCGAGCGGCAAUAGUCGAGGACUUUCUCCAAAUCGAUUCAGACUCGAGCACACCGAAGCCGAGCUCUCAGGAGUCGAGGGAAAAUCAUGGACAGAACUCGAAUAGAAUUCACUCUCUCAUCACCUCUGAAAGAAAAGAUAUGAGAGGGAGGAAGAUCAGAGGAAAAUGCCAGGAUUGUUAUUCACGAUUAUCGACUUCUCGAGGCAGAAUUUCAGCGCAGAAUACAGUGAAAAAAGUCAAUACCCGUUGCCAAGAAUGUCAGAGAUGGUUGUGCGUGCCCUGUUUCACAAAAUCGCAUCAGGAGCGAAGGUGA